UAGCUUAAAGUCCCAGAAAGAAUCCAAUUGCCCGCGAGCUUUGUAUCGGGAUAAGCUCCAGCUCUUAAUUCGUCCUAGAUACGUAUUAACCAUGAAUUACGAAGGAAUCAUUCCACCAACCGGCCCCACUAUGGCCGCGCCAUCGGGGUAUCUUAUCCCAAUCCUUCUCAGCAUCGGCCUCUACGCUCUCUACCGCCGGCUAUUACCAAAGCCUCUCGCGGGUAUCCCCUACAACCCCUCCUCCGCAGCCUCGCUCUUCGGUGAUGGGCCGGACAUGGCGCGCACCGUAGCCGCUACUAGCGAGUUUGGUCCAUGGUGCGCUGCCCAGAUCGAGAAGACCGGCUCACCCCUAUGCCAAGUGUUCGUGCGUCCGUUCGCUAAGCCAUGGGUCUUGCUUGCCGACUACCGCGAGACAUACGAUAUCCUCGGUCGGCGCACGGCGCCCGCCCAUGAUGCUGACUUCGACAAGUCCACCUUUAUCACAGACAGCAUGAGUUUCCUGGGUGAAUUCACUGCUGCCUUACGCACGAGCACGCGUGGGGACCGCUUCAAGAGUAGCAGGGCGCUCAUGCAAGACUUGAUGACGCCGUCCUUUUUACAUGGCGUCAUGGGGCCAGCCGUGCACGAAAGGUGCAUGGAACUGGUGAGGUUGCUUGAGGCAAAAACGCGACUAGCCGGCGGGAGGCCGUUUAGUAUUAUGACAGACCUGGACUAUGCCGCGCUGGAUGUCAUGUUAUAUUUCGCAUUUACAACAAAUUUCGACCAGACAAGCUUGGGCCCACAGAUUGAGUUGAUGUCGCGUCUCACUACAUCAGACCUUCCGGAUGGACAUAUUGAUGAGCCGAUUACGUUCCCCGAGGCGCCGGUUGGGAAAUUCAUCACCGCGGUGCGCUCAGCGCCAGGUGUGGUUGAAGCCUGCGUUUCUUCAUUGGCACCGAAGCUCAAACGUGAGUGGUGGAAGAGGCAGUCGUGGUAUAAAAAUAUUAUUUCGCAGAGGAGUCAAGUUAUACGUGACCAAGUUAUAAAAGCACUUAAGGAUUACGAUGGCGGCGAGAUGCGUUCAGCCAUUGGACACAUGUUCAUGCGGGAGAAGCGGGAGGCAGAGAAACAGGGUCGGGCCCCGAAGCUUGAGACCGACGUUCUCGUCGACGAGAUUUUCGGCCAAAUACUUGCCGGUAAUACCACAGGCGCGAUACUUAGUUGGCUUGUCAAGUACCUUACCAAAUACCCCCAUAUCCAAGCUAAGCUUAGAGAGGUCCUGUACGCCGCUCUAUCGCAGGCUGUCGCAGAGGGCCGACCGCCGACCUUCGAGGAGCUGCGCCAGACGCGACUGUCCUACCUUGACGCCUUCAUUGAGGAGACACUGCGCCUCAACGCGGUGCCAGUAACACGCGAGACAAUUCGCGACACUACGAUCUUAGGUCGACAUAUUCCAAAGGGCUGUCAAGUCUUCUUAAUAUCAAAUGGACCAGGAUUUCUCUCGCCGUCGCUAAAUGUUCCAGCAUCGGAGCGGAGCCCCGCGGCGCGGGCAGCGAAAAUAAAUGAUCACUGGGACGAGAAAGGGGACCUGCGGACCUUUGAUCCACAGCGUUGGCUGGUGAGUAACAGCGACGGGGAUUCCAAUGCGGAGUUCUACGGUGGCGCCGGGCCGCAGUUAGUGUUCGGGCACGGGGCGCGCGGCUGUUGGGGGAAGAGAAUGGCGCAGAUGGAGUUACGGAUCGUGGUAGCGCUGCUAGUGUGGCAUUUCGAAAUGUUGGAGAUUCCUGAGGCGCUUGCUGGCAAUACUGCAACGGAGGGAAUUACGCGAAGGCCACGGGUGGUGUUUGUGAGGCUGAGGAAAGUUAUCAGUGGUUAGUAUGAAGAUGUGGACGUGCCAGUUGUGAAUUAUCGAUUAUGUAAACCACACCAUGU